AGUAGUGCCUCCAUAGAGGUCUUAUCUUGUCCUGGCCGCCCACAUCCCAAACGGUGAAGCAAAUGUUUUUGUACUCCACCGUCUCCACGUUGAACCCUGAAACGCAUCGAAUCGCUCAAUUGGAGCGCUUCUCCUGGUCGGGGACACCCGUGAGCGGUCGGCGGGUGAGCGACGACGACGUCGUGCGCCGGCCAGCCGGCCGGCCUGCUCACCGAUGGUCGGAAUGGUGGUGACGAUCUCUCCCAGCUUGAGUUUGUACAAAAUGGUGGUUUUCCCGGCUGCGUCCAGACCCACUGUCGAGCAGAACGAACAAAGUCACGGACGAAUGCAGAAAAUGGCAAAAAGCCCGUUUACAGGGCGGCCAACUGAACGAGUCUGUCCAGUCAAGCCGGACGACUGCAAGGCGUCAGCCGCCGCCACCGCUCGGUUCCGAAAAAAGUUGACGCGCGCGCUCAGAUUUUCAACACACGAGAGGCUGGCGCGUUGACGGGUGGCCGCCUGCCUGCCACCGCCUGCCUGCCAUCACCCGCCCGCCCGCCCGCUUAUCAUUUUGCGGUCAGCGAGCCGGCGACUAGGCUAGCGUCGUUUAGCUUAGCUUGUGGGCGCUCACUCACCCAUCAGGAUUCGCAUUUGCUUCUUGCCGAAAAACUUGGAAAAGAGCGACGAGAUGGUCAGACCCAUGUUGACUCCGGCCGAGUCGUCGUCCGAGUAUCGAGCGCCUCUGUCGCGUCGGGGCCCGAAAGCGGCCGCAAACUCAAGCUCGGACUCGGAGCUCUUCCUCUUCUUCUUCCUAUCCUCUCGGCUCUCGCUGUGCUACCACGUCCGGGCCAACGCGGAACAAGUGACGUCACGGAGCAGGCCGUUUCCUCGACGUGGAUUCUCCACAUUGGACGCGGCCGCAUCUAAACCAAACCCGGGGGGAAAAUCGCCAUCUCGUUGAUCCUAUUUUUCUGCUGUCGGUCUGGUUUUUUUGGCCUCAUAAUCAUUUCACGGAAAGUCAGCGUUGACACGGCGUCGCGCACCUCACUUCCGGUUCCUUCCACACAACAUGGCGCCCGUCGCUUCACUCGGAUGUCCCGACCGACCGGCCGUUUUCGGCUCGUAAAAACUUCCAUUCGAGCAAAUGACCUAGAAGGAAUGCAACGUGACGGAUGUCUGACUGAAAGGUAAUGCCUUCUGAUUCGCCAUUGAUGCAUUUUACUUUGCAACGGGAUCGGCGUCACUUCCCUUCAAGUAUUUCCAAAGUUCAGGUGGCAAAAACCAAAAUACAGGCCAGUCCAGGUUGGCUCUGCUACUGUGUUUUGCUACUGGCCUUGCGGGUUCUGAAAUAAUCCAACAUCACUAAGAAGGACUUCAUACACAGUAGUAAACCAAGAAGGAGAACGACUGCUCGACUCGCUCCAUUUUCAAAUGGGGCGAUUCGCUUCACCGUCCAAAUGUGGGAGAUGCAAAAAGCGCUUUUUGUGACUCCUUUGUCCCGGCGACAGUCCGCCCGUCCCCCGUCGACCCGCCCUCGCCGAGCGGAGCCAUGGAGAAGUUUGGGAUGACUUUUGGGGGCGGCCCCGACCGGAAAGAGCUCCUGGAAACGCUCGAGUCCCAGAAGAAGCAGCUGUCCCAGUAUCAGAGCCGCUUCAAGGACCUGCUCCACGCGUACAAAAGUCUGCUCAAGGAGAAGGAGGCCCUGGAGGCCAGUCUGGAGGCGCUCGGCGCGUCCCGUCUCGUCGCGCGGGAGCACGGGGAAGGGGGCCCGCCGGGAUGGGAAGGGGGCCCGCCGGGAUCGGAAGGAGUCGCCGCGGUCGGUCCCGGCAGCGCCCGAGAAGAUCGGGGACCGCUCGCGGACGCUCGCGACCCGGGCGUUUGUCCCGCGGACCGGCUGGACGCGCUCGCCGGCGCUUUGGCCACCGUCACGCGGGAGAAGUCUCGCAUGGAGGCCGGCUUCCGGGCCGACCGGCGGCAACUCAAGCGGGAGGCGGACGAGCUGCGGGAGCGCCUGGCGGCCCUCGACAAACAACGGCAGGCCGAGACGCGGGACCUGCGGGAGCAGUUGGCCGAGAGCCGCGCGCUGGCGCUCGGCCGGCGGGAACCCAGCGACCGGUCGCUGCGGAUUCAAGAGCCACGUGAGCUCCCCCCCCGGCCGCGACCGGACGCCGAGCCUAGCCGGGUCGACUCCACGCCCGGGGAAGAAGGGGAGGGAGCGGAGCCCGCCGAGGGGCCCGGCGAGACGGCGGAGAGCUGCCGGGCCGAUCGGGAGGAGGCUCGCGCUCACGCCGCCGAGCUUCGGGUGGCCGCUCUGGAGCAGCGCGUGACCGAGCUCUCCGACUUACUGGGCGCUUGCGAGAAAGCCAGGCGGCUGGAGCAGCGGGAGGCUCGGACGCUCCGCGAACGGAUGGCGCGCUCGGAUACGGAAAAGCACCCGGGCGAGCCGGUUCCGGACGCCGCGGCGCCGAGGGACGAUUUGGACAUAGAGAAGCCGCCGCCGGCCACGCAGAACUCUCCGGACGCCGCCGGAGAGCCCGAAGCCGUCCCUUCCCGCGAGGAGCUGAGGCGGCUCAAAGACGAGUUGGAGGACUACAAGCGUCAAGCGAAGGCGGAGCGCGAGAAGGCCGCCGAGGACGCCCGGCGGCGGCUGGAGGAGCUUGGGGAGAAGUACGUCAAGCUGCGCGCGGAGAGCCACGAGGCCGCCGCCUCGCACCGCGAACUGCUGCGGGAAGAGCGGCGGCGCGCGGCGGCGCAGCUGCACGAAAGCCGGCAGGAGGCGGAACGCGAGGGGGCGGCGCGCCGCGACGAGAUUCUGCGUCUGGAGGCCGAACUGCGCGAGCGGCGCCGACAGACCGCGGCGCUGCUGGACGACAAAGACCGGCAGCUAGAGCGUCUCCGAGCGGCCGCCGCGCCCGACCCCCCGCCGUCGGAAGGGGAGCUCGUCGCCGAGGAACGGCCGGCGGAGGCCCCGUGGCCCGCGCCGCUCCUGUACGCCGAGCGGCUGGCCAGAAAGGAAGCGGAGGCCGAGGCGCUGCGGCGCCAGAAGCGGCGGCUGGAGGACGACCUCCGCCGGCUGCGCGAGCGGCUGCUCGACGACGCCGGACGGCGCCGGGAGGAGAUGCUGGACCUUAAGGCCCGGCUGGACGCCGCCGCCCGGGAGCAGAAGCGUGAGGGCGCCAACGUGGAGUACCUGAAGAACGUCAUCUACAAGUUCCUGACGCUGCCGGACGCCGGCGGGAGGCGGCAGACGCUCGACGCCAUUCUCGCCAUCCUGCACUUCAGCCCGCAGGAAAAACACUGCGUCCUCGGGCAGCAGGGAGCGUCCUGGUGGAGCGGCCGCAAAAGAUGACUGCGGUCGACGGCUUUUUCCACAUUUCGCGUGCCAAACGUUGAAACAAAUAAAUCACAUUU